CCAGAGAGCCGCCCGCCCUGCCGUGAGGAGGGGCCGCCCUUUCCGCCGCGCCUUUCCGGUGAUGGCGGCGGGCGGCAGCGACCCGCGGGCGGCAGAUGUGGAGGAGGACGCCUCGCAGCUCGUCUUCCCCAAAGAAUUUGAAACUGCGGAAACUCUCCUGAAUUCUGAGGUGCACAUGCUGCUCGAGCAUCGCAAGCAGCAGAAUGAGAGCGCAGAGGAUGAGCAGGAGCUGUCAGAAGUCUUCAUGAAAACCUUGAACUACACAGCACGCUUCAGCCGCUUCAAAAACCGUGAAACCAUUGCCAGCGUGCGCAGCUUACUGCUCCAGAAGAAGCUCCAUAAGUUUGAAUUGGCAUGUUUGGCUAACUUGUGUCCUGAGACAGCUGAGGAAGCAAAAGCUCUGAUUCCUAGCCUGGAGGGCCGGUUUGAAGAUGAAGAAUUACAACAGAUUCUCGAUGACAUUCAAACUAAGCGCAGCUUCCAGUAUUAAGGUUAACCCUCAGCCCCUUUAUCUGAGCAGAAAAACCUGAGGAUUUGGGCUGUUUCUCAGCCCUCUGGAUCAGUCCAGCUCCUGGCUGAGCGAGGGUAGUUGUGGAUGCAGGGUACUCCAGUGCUGUGUUACCACAGGUGCAUUCAGACUGGCACUCAGCAUUGUCCUUUUGGUUUGUUCCAUGUGUAUGUUGGCCGGCCCUGUAUUGUGAGAGAAAAGAACCUGAAAGGCCUUUUCCCAGUGGCUCAAGUAUUUGUUUCUUCCCUAAGCCCUCUCCCCAGUUUGUAAAUGUUCAACGUUUUUGGAUUAUAUAGAUGCUAUUUUGUGUUUUUUAGGAUGUUCUAAAGGAUGUGGAAACUUGUUCUUGGUUCUCAAAAGGUUCAGUGAUGGGCAGCAUCAAUUUCUGUGGUGUUUUUUGUUUGAUUGUAUUAUUGUUUGAUCGGGACAGUGAAUUUUUACAGCUGCAAUAUUUUUCUAUUAUUGUUUAGUGUAAAUUAAAAGAUAUAAAGUUGUGUAUUUUAUAAACAUUAGGUACAUAUUAUGAUUUUGUUAAUGAGGACCUUUUUAAUAAAUAGAUCCUGGAGAUCUGGGGACUCCAAGUACAGUUUAGGACAGAUCACAGGUGUUCCUACGGUCACAGUGAGAAAGCAUUGGGGCAGCAUUUCCCUCUCUGCUCCCCUGUUCUGUGCUAAGUGAUUGCAGGCACCCAAUCUGUAUCCUGCUAUAGAAAGAAAAAGAAAACAAGUAAUUUUGAUGUUAACACAACCAGGUAUCCACCCCUGGAGGGAUGGACUCCUUAACAAGGUUGCAAAUUGCCCUAAUUCUGAGAUGAAACCAAACCAUAAAUAAUGUUACACAGUGAAGGGCUGGCUCCUGGUGCAGCCUGUGGGAACUGCACACCCAGUGUUAUCAAAGCUCAGCUGCUGGGAGAUUGACAAAUUGGUAGCUUUUAGUUGAAAGGAAUGUUCUUUUGUUUAGGAUAAAUUUUUUAAACCAGCCUUUUCAAGUCUUGUAAUUUUACCACCAUGUCUGAAAGAAGAAAAAUUUUGCGUGAAAGAACUUUGGGACAAAGAGGCAGAUAAAUGUGUUAAGACACUAUUUUUGAUGAUCAGCAAUAGUCUCACUGACCUUGC